GGCUGAUGUCCGCGGCGUCGCGUCGCUGAGUUUCACGGCCUGAAGGGAAGGGGGGGGCCGGGGGGGAGGAGAAAGAAAAAGUUCCCGGAACAGAGCAGGAGAAGGAUAAAAACACACCCAGGCACGGAGAGACGACGCAGCAUCGGUACUGACCUACAACAUGGAAAAUAAAUUCGCGGAGAUAGACAAGGACAGCCGCUGGCCUCAGUCUUACUUGGAAAUUCGCAAUCAGUCUCAGGACUUUCCAUAUAAAGUAGCCAAAUAUCCCGAAAACAGGAUUCGAAACCGAUACAGAGAUGUCAGCCCUUUUGACCACAGCCGUGUUAAACUUCACACAGCAGAUAAUGAUUAUAUCAAUGCAAGUCUAAUUAUCAUGGAAGAGGCCCAGAGAAACUACAUUUUAACCCAGGGACCCCUUCCCAAUUCAUGUGGACAUUUCUGGCAAAUGGUAUGGGAGCAAGAAAGCAGAGCAGUUGUGAUGCUUAAUCGUGUCAUUGAAAAGGGAUCAGUAAAAUGUGAAAAGUAUUGGCCAAACACAAACGAGGAAACAAUGGCGUUUGAAGAUACUGAGUUCAGCUUAACAUUAUUAUGUGAAGAUGUAAAAUCAUACUACACUGUGCGACAGCUGGAAUUGCAGAGACACUCUACUGGAGAGACUCGAGAAAUUUACCAUUUUCAUUAUACCACUUGGCCUGACUUUGGGGUACCUGAAUCCCCUGCUUCAUUCCUUAAUUUUUUGUUCAAAGUGAGAGAAUCGGGCUGCUUGAACUCUGAUUGUGGGCCUGCAGUAGUUCACUGCAGUGCAGGCAUUGGACGAUCUGGUACCUUUUCUUUGGUAGAUACCUGCCUUGUUUUGAUGGAGAAACGUCAAGAUGCCUCUUCUGUGGACAUCAGAGAAAUACUAUUGGAAAUGAGGAAGUAUCGGAUGGGGCUCAUACAAACUCCAGAUCAGUUGAGAUUUUCAUACAUGGCAGUUAUAGAGGGAGCAAAAUAUAUCAUGGGAGAUCCGUCGGUACAGAAAAGAUGGAAAGAGCUUUCCAAUGAAGACCAAGUUCCUGUACCAGACCAUGCGCCUCCACCUCCCCAACCUCCUAAACGGGCCCUUCCCCGACAUAACGAGAAUAGGGCCCCUCAUUUAUCGGCAGAGGAAGCAGCAGAUGCAGAAAACAACAUUUCUACAGAAGAAAGUUCAGUACAAGAAAAGGAAGAUAGCAAAACAGAGUAUGUAAAUAACGUCCGUAAACGACACCGCGAGGAUAGGAUAGCAAAUACAUCGCAGAAAGUACAGCGAAUGAAACAGAAGCUUAAUGAAACUGAGGUGAAACGAAAAAGGUCCAAACUGAGGAAUGAUGAGGAAAAUUAAAACUUUUAAAAUCUCAUUUUAGUGUAAGAUGUCUGUGGUGCAUCUUAAAUUUGAUUAAACAUGGUCAUAUUCCUAAUAUGCAUUGUCGUAACUUACUAAAUAUUUUAUAUAAUUCAUAGAAGAGCUAUAUUUUUUAAUCCCAUGAAGAUAUGCCACAGUUUUAAUUAAAGAUAGUUUAAAAUUUUCUGCAAAUAUUUUACUGUGAUAAAUUGUUCAAGGCUAAAAAAUUUCUUGCAACAUUUAAUUAUAUUUGUUUUGCCUAUUAUAGACAUGAUGUUAACAAGUGUAACACUUCCUCAUGCAAAAAGUAAUCGUCUCCUAAUACGCUUACAGUUUCUAGACGGGAUAGUGCAGGUGGGCAAAUGUCACUUUGGAUGCUGUGAAAGACAAGACUCUUCUCUUUGGCAGGAUAGGCCAUAUCCUGACUCAUAAGUGUUCACCUCAGUCUCUAUAUGGAUCAAAAAUAUGUCCCCAUGAUCUUAUAACUGGCAGAAAAUAGAUGAAUACAAAUAUUAUCGAUUGACUUCACUGUAAAACAAAGUAAUUGGAAAUCUUGAGGUGUGCCAAUACUCUUUAAUAUUUCUCCCAAAUCUGUAUUAUUGAAACAGAAUCAGUGUUAAUAAUCUCCUAUGUAAUAGUGCACGUGCCACCUGUCUUUUUCCAAGGUAUUAAAAUUUGUGAAUUUGAAAUUCGUGGUUCUACUCUUUUAUUAAAAUGUUCCUUUGCUUCAGGAUUCAUACUUGCGUGUGACAUGUUCAUCUCUGCAUCGUCCCUGCAACUGGCCAUGCAGUGAAGUGGGUUUUUUGGUGGGUGGACCCCACAGUUCCACUGAUUCAUCCUGUACACACCAGGACAAUUGCGAGCAGGUGGGGCUAGUGUAGAUGGGACAUGAUGGGCUGAAGGGCCUGUUUCCACGCUGUAAGACUAUGACUGCCGCUAUUACAAUAAAGCUGUUAACAUGAAUGGAGAACAAAUGCAAGCUACUGACAAAUUGUGAUCCACACGCAAACAAUUAAUACAACUGUUCUUUCAAACUAUUUGGAUGUCAAGUUACACAAUCCAGUUAAUCUACUCAGACCAUCUGAAAAAAUUCAAAAUCAAUAACAUUAUCUAAAGACCAGGAUAUUUUUUUUCCAUUGGUUUCUUGAUUGCAGUGCUUGUGAAGUACUUAGUAAUGUGUCGAUACAGUGGAACUGUUGCAUUGAAUAAAUGUUUUAUGUUCUGUAUUGUAUGUCAUAGGCUAAAGACUGUCUGACUGCUAACUCCACACAACAGAUGCCACAUUCUGCACCUAUUUUUAUCAGCCGUGGAAAA